AUGGAUCCUCAACAACAUUUUGAUCAAUUUUGUCUUAAAAAAAUUUUGAUGAACGAUACACAACGUAAAAUGAUUGCUGUUGAAGGCAAUUUUAAUGGACUCCAGGAACCAGCAGUUAUUGUUAUAGAAAAGUAUGCGUUUGAUGAAGCUUCUGUUUUAAAUGUAUGCAAUGGUCAUACUAAAUUUAAAAAAAGUUUAGAAAAUGAUAUUUAUAAAUCAUUCAGCUGUGUGCCACAAUAUGAUGAAAACAUUCCUUCCAAUAAAAUGGACAUAAUAUAUCCUGCAACAGACAAACAUAUUUUAAAGUAUACAAGUCAACCUAUGUAUUUUGUUCAAGAAACAGAAGAAAUGUAUCAAACUAUAACUUUACAUCAUAUCUUGAAUAACAGUUUGUCACUACAGUGGGUAUACAAUUGCUUAGAAUAUAAAUCAGAAAAAGAAAAAAUUAAAUAUGAUACGGCUUCUGAAAAUCAAAAAGAUGAUGAAGAUAUUGGCUUUAUACUUUUACCAGACUUAAAAUGGUCAGGGAAAUUGAAUGAAUUGUAUUUGUUGGCAAUUAUUAAAAAAAGAAAUAUUAAAUCGCUAAGAGAUUUAACAAUUGAUCAUUUACCGUUAUUAAAAAAUAUUUUAAACAAAGGAUCAGCCGCUAUUUAUAAAUUAUAUGGAGUUCAACAAUCUCAAUUACGUAUUUAUGUCCAUUAUCAACCAUCAUUUUAUCAUUUUCAUGUUCACUUUACAUAUUUGAUGCAUACGCCUCCAGGAAUAAAUGUUGGAAAAGCUCAUUUACUUACAACAAUAAUUAAUAAUAUUGAAAUGCAAAGUAACUACUAUCAAAAAGCUAUAUUAGAUUAUACUAUUAAGGAAAGUGAUCCAUUGUUUAAUUGUUUUGAAGAAAAAGGUAUUCUUCGUAAAGCCAAACCUAUUGAUGAAAGUAAUAAUGUAUAAUAUAACAUCUAGACUACUAUAUAUUUGAAGUAAGUAAUCUAUAAUUAUUUUAUAAAUGUAUUUCAUUCGUGGAUUUUAUUUAUUUAUAAUUUGUGUUGAAAUAUAUACAGAUUUUUUCAGGCUUUAGUCAAUAGUUAUUAUUU